CCCCCCGCUCGUCGUCGCUGGCGCGUUGACGGCUUGUUGGUAAACACGGAUCGGAUCCCGUCCCCGACUUCCUCCGGCGCAUUGAUGCACCCGUUUCAGUGGUGUAACGGGUGCUUCUGUGGUCUGGGACUGGUCUACUCCAACAAGUCGUGCACCAUGCCUCCCAUCACCUUCCAGGACCUGCCCCUGAACAUCUACAUGAUCAUCUUUGGCACAGGCAUCUUUGUCUUCAUCCUUAGCCUCAUCUUCUGCUGCUAUUUCAUCAGUAAACUACGACACCAGGCACAGAGCGAGCGGUUUGGGUACAGAGAGGUAGUUUUAAAGGGAGAUCCCAAAAAGCUGAAUCUUCAUGGGACGUGCGCCGUCUGCCUGGAAGACUUCAAAGUGAAAGACGAGUUGGGCGUGUUGCCAUGCCAACAUGCCUUCCACAGGAGGUGCUUGGUAAAGUGGCUGGAGGUGCGCUGCGUCUGCCCCAUGUGCAACAAACCCAUCGCCGGCCCCCCAGAGCAGCAUCACAGUAUUGGGACCCUACUGGACGAACUGGUGUAACUAAGGAAUCUCUGCCAGCUUGGCUGGGAUGUAGCCAGACUAGGCAAGCUGGUAGAAACUAGCAACUGACAGGAGGACACUGUUACGUUGUAAUAACCCAGUGAAACACCAACAAAUGAUGAGGCGGGGUAACCUAGUUACAACCCGGAGAGGGACUCUGAGGGAUGCCGUUGCCUAGCAACUACCCCUGAGUUGGCGACACACGACACCUUGUGGUGUCUGAGAGAUUAUCUUCAGCCAUUAACUCCACACAUCACUCCACCACUCUCCUCCUUUCAGCAUACCCUUGUUUGUUCAACUCCCUCUCUUUCUCCACCAUCGCCCCCUCACACUUCCACCUCUGUCCCUCUCUCUUGUCACAUUCCCUGAGGCUGAGAGCGCUACUGAGAUGGAAGAGCAAUACAGCCAUGUUUUACAUAUGUGAACAAAUGGGUAAGGAGGGAAAUGAGCAUUGGGUUGGAGGCAAGAUCCUCUCUGAGCAUUUUCACAUGAUAUGAUAUGAUAUGAUAUGAUAUGAUAUGAUAUGAUAUUGAUUGGAGAGUCCCAGUAUCGAUACAGAAAAUGGAUGAAUAUCGGGUAAUCAUGCCUGCCUAAGUUUAUUUGAAACAAGAAACUCAGAGACGGUUAGAUAGAUAAAUUGGUACUUCCUGCUCAGAGAGCUUGCCUACAAUGCAAACAGAACUGGAAGCAGCACAAAGAAGUGUUGGAGGAAGCUUCACUACCUAGUGAGUUUCACUGCUAAUGUCACAAAUACAACAAGAUAUAUGUGUUAAGAACGGAAAAGAAAAUCCAACAAUGUGCCAGAGAUGUUGAAGCUGGCUAAAAUUUAGCUAGAGUAAAAGAGCU